ACGGAAAAUACUGUAUUCCACUCCUUCUCCUUGGCUUACUGGCCAGAACAAUGGCUUCUCCAGUUCAACCAAUUGACAACAAUACGACCUUUACAGUUUACUCUGCAACUAACGCGGCCCUUGGACCCAGACCUCUAUUCACGCAAAUUGGUAACAAAUUCUAUUUUAUUGAAACUGAGGUAACAAAAAAUUGGCAUGAUGCCUAUGCCACAUGUCGUCAGAUGGGGGCCCACCUUAUAUCCUUCAAUACAGCAGACGAAUGGGUUGCAGUAACCAAUUACCUUGUGAAAAAUGACAUUAAUUUGUAUUACUGGACAUCUGGCAGUGAGUUGGCGAUUCAAGGAAACCACGUUUGGUUUCCCACUUCAGAUCCAAUAGCUUUGAAUUUGUGGAAGCCCGGAGAACCAAAUAAUCAGGGGGGCGUCGAACAUUGCGACACUUUUACAUCUGAUGGGCUGUAUGAUGUAAACUGUACAAAAUUAAGGCGAUACAUUUGCAUUUUAUAGAAAGAACUUCAAAUAAACAGUGAUACUGAUCAGUGAUUUACAAAGGUA